AGCUAACUCGUCAAUCCGAAUGCCUAUUUCUUUAAUAAUGCUCGGUCUACCAACGAGCUAGUUGUCCUAUCGUCGUUUACGGCCAAAACCCCAUUCCAUCGGCAAAAAUUCCCACCCAAAUCCAAUUCGUUAUCGUCCGCCUCGGUUCCGUCGGCAAUGGCCAGUUCCACCCUAUCGGCUCUGCCAAUUUCGUCGUCGGCAGCAGCCACCACGUCGUCCGACAGCCUCCGCCUCGUCCCAUCGUCGCUUUCGCUCCAGGGAAAUAAGCUACCGAUUCGGCGCUUCAGUUCGAGCAGCGUUGUUCUUAAAUGGCGUCGUCCGACGGUUGCCAGAAUCUCGUCUAGUCUCCCCACGACGAAGUAUGAUCCAGCUAAAGUUCCAAAAUGGUCCGCUAGAGCGAUUAGGUCGUUUGGAUUUGGGGAAUUGGAAGCGAGGAAGCUCAAGUAUCCGAAUACAGGAACUGAAGCCAUCCUAAUGGGCAUUUUGAUUGAAGGAACCAGUUCAGCUGCAAAGUUCCUAAGGGCUAAUGGAAUCACUUUCUUCAAGGUCAGGCAAGAAAUUGUAGACUUGCUUGGGAAAUCUGACUUGUUCUUCUUUAGUCCUGAGCAUCCACCGUUAACUGAACAGGCCCAAAGGGCCCUUGAUAAGGCCAUUGAAGAGAAACUAAAGUCAGGUAUAGUGUUAUUCUCUUGGUAUUUGGUACUUUGGUAUCUAGAUGCUUCUUCUGUAGUGAGUCCUAGUUGGACUAAUGCAAGAUGGGAAUGAACGAAUGUCAGCUGUGUAACAUAAAGGAUGUACAGCUAAAAUGUAUUAUUUUGCUUCAUUGAGGAACUGGAGUUGGCUGGUGUAGGUGAGGUUUUUGUGUUGUGGGUAUUUCAUACGUCUGGUAUCUUGUUUGUUAGAGGUUUUGAAACAGAAGUGUCAGCUGUGAGAUUAAAAGGCAACAAGAUGAUUCCUGGAACAUUUUCUUUGUUUUCAUCAGAGAUUUUAAGAUGGUCUUUUCCCUUCAAAUUUCUUCACAGCCUUUGUAUUCCAAAAUUAGUGCUUCUUAAUCCCGCUUUGCUGUUUGUCCUCUGAAUCUUUAUGUGUGGUAAUAAUUGAAUGCGAAAGAAAUGGGGUAAAUCUUAGACAGAUAGAUCAAUGGAGCUCAGAAACAUGGGAAUGUUCAAGAGUACUAUGUAAUUCUCCAGGCUGAAACAAUAGAAGUCUAUAUUGAUAUACAUAUGAAUACCUGGGGACAACAGCCCCUCUAUUCUCUUCUAUAUGAAAAAAUGAAAUACCGCGGCAUUGAAAGAGAUCAUUUGCAAUUUUCAUUGCAAAGAAAAGUUUUUCCUUGUGGGGGGUUGAUUUGUCAUUUGGCUUUUGUACGAUUCGCAGGGGAUGAUGGAGAAAUAACCCCAUCACAUAUACUACUAGGGCUUUGGUCGGAAACCGAUUCUGCAGGUCAAAAGAUCCUGGAGACUCUUGGUUUUACGAAUGAAAUGGCGAAAGAGCUUGUCAACUAUGUAGAUGAAGGUGCCGCCUUGAGCUCUAGGUAGGAAAGCUGUACCAGUUUCUGAGAUCCAGGUUUGCUGCUUGAUCCGAGAAUGCUGUGCUGGAUGGACAAGUACCUGGUACAGCAAGUUCAUGCUUUUGGGGGAAAAUCACUGGCCUUUCAGAAUAGUUACAUACUGUAACCACAAAGCGCCAAAUGCUUGCUUUGCCUUAGGAUGAGAUUCUCCAAAUCUGUACUUUCUGAUAUGCAGCAGCAUCUUGCAGAAUGCGGCUGGUGAAAACUGAAAAGGCUUGGUAGUUGUAUCGGAGUGGUAAAUGAUUUUGUGCUUUGAAUUCGUUUCAAUUUUUUCAAUCUGUAGUCAAUAUGUUUUCUGUGCAACAUCUACUGUUAAAAUUCAACUGUGAAAUUGUUUAUGUUAGUAGAAAUUGGGGCAUCUAAAUUUUGAACUAGGCAGCUAAGUCUCUCUGUAUGGAUAUUCUUAUGCACUGAUGAUUAAAAGGCACAAAUGAUUUCGUA